AUGGCAGCGGCCAAAACGAAAACUCAUCCCCUCAAUGGGAUGCACACAGCCGGCAUCUUUGCCGACCCCAGCGUCGACGGACCUUUGAUUGGUACUCUGGUCGCCAUUGUCGACCGCGCAAAAAACUUGCCCAAUCGCAAGACAAUUGGAAAGCAAGACCCUUAUUGCGCUGCGCGCCUCGGAAAGGAAGCAAAGAAGACGACGACAGAUAUUCGAGGAGGACAAACACCCAAAUGGGACCAGGAGCUCCGCUUCGCCGUUCAUGAUUCCCCAGACUAUUAUCAGCUUAAAGUCUCUGUAUUCCACGAUGACAAGAAGACAGACCUCAUUGGAGAGACCUGGAUUGACUUGAGAGACAUCAUCGUCCCUGGCGGAGGUCAGAAUGACCUGUGGCGUAACUUGACCUUCAAGGGCAAAUACGCUGGCGAGGUGCGCAUGGAAAUUACCUACUACGACAGCAGACCGAAGCCUGAGAAGCCGGUAGCGAAGCCCAAGCCCGUCGAGGCCGAACCGGUCGAGUCCCAUGUAUCGCAUGGAACGAUUCCCCGAAAACAAAUUAAGAGGCGACCGCUGCCCUCCGAUCCUUUCACUGGCGAAGCCCCGGCAACACCAUCUCAAGAUCAAGCCCUCACCCCGCCUCGCGCCGCCGGUCCCCGCGGCCCUAAAGAGAUGAGCUCAUCUACGUCUCCAGCACCAGAGCAAAGUCUCUCAGGAUCAAGACCCAUGCCCACCAAGAAGCCGCACCCCGCGCUCAUACCGACUCAAUCGCCUUUGCAGGCCGUAGAGUACAACACCAACCCAGCUUCUGCACCUGUGACCGUCCCCGCCCCGCGCAGCAGUCAACAAGAGCUGUCCGCGCAGUCGUCUCCUGCCGCCCUGCCGCACCCUACCGAGGUGACGCCGCAACACACGCCUACGAGGCACGAUCGUUACGAAAGCCCUAUCGCGCAACAGGACGAGAGAGGUUAUAGCCCGGGCUAUUCUUCUCAAGAUAUCGUCGAUCGAGCACAUUACCGUCAAGGAUCUGAGCCGCCGCCUCGCGAUCCCUACUUCCUGGAAGACCAAAGACAUGCGCCUGCCGUUGAGGAUGAGCGACCGCCGCCUCCGCCUGCUCAUCGGAGCCGGCACAACAGCGGAAACUCGCAAGAUAUGGUAGUGAGAGGUUCAUACGAUACCCCGCCGAAAUCAGCGAACGCCAUGAGACAGGAUGUCCUCCGAAAUGAGGCACACCGUAUGUCUUUCUCUUCGGCUGCCUAUCCUGGACGGCCACAGUACCGAGGUUUUGACUCGGCGCCUGCCAUCACAAACGGGCUUCCGGCUCCUGAUGAUCACUACCACGAUUCUGGGGCCCCCAGACACCACUCUUACGACGGGCAUGUUGAGUACAGAUCCAUGCAACCAACAGUUGAGGACGUUCCGGAAUCCCCCGCUCCUGCUGUCAAUAAGCCACGGAGGACUUCACGUGUGCCUCAGUACGAUGAACAAGCUUUCAACCAAGAGCAAAAUCCGGCACCGCCGGCUCAAUCCAUGGAGGUUGCUCAUCGGCAAACCGCACGAUCAUCUCAGUACCAGGAUUCCGGAUAUGACCAGCCUUAUGACCAGGUACCUACACCUGCGCCCCUGAACAUUGGCGGCAGAGGUAGCGCGGGAUCUCGCCAGCGAGGCAGCUCGCCACUUCCUGAUUAUAGAAGAGCUGAUGAAACUGCGUCAGCUGGGCGUUACAGUACCUCGCCGCGACCAGAAUACCAGCCUCGGGGUGAUGAGCUGGUUUUUGCCGGCCGGGGUUCUGUGUCUCCAGGUCAUUACAGCACCUCACCCCAGCCUGACUAUCAGCAGGACUACCAGCAAGACUAUCAGCAACAGCCAGCAUAUCAGCCGAGAGGCGAUGAGCUGGUACUCGCUGGGAGAGGAAACGCUUCGCCUGCACAUUACAACACUCCGCCGCAGCCUGCUUAUCCUCGGGGUGACGAAAUGGUCCGCCAUCAGCAAGUGUCUCCCAUGGCCAUGCGGGAUCCUAGAGAUAAUGAAAUGCUUCGCCAUCAACAAGUUUCCCCGAUAUCCACACGAGAUUUAAGAGGCAACGAGAUGGUUCGUCAUCAGCAAGUCUCUCCCAUCGCGACUCGAGACUUCGCCCCGAGCCCGUCAGACCAUCACUCCCGCAGUCAAAAUCAAUACGCUUCGCAGCGAUCUGAGCUUUCGGGAAGUGAGAGUCAAGCACCCGGAGCGCCCGCUAUUCCCGCGUCUUUGGUGCCAGGAGUUGACCCUACCCUUGCUCAGGAGGUUUCCGACCGCAUCUACGAUGACCGACGUCAACAACGGCGCUACACCGGCCAGAGUGCCACGACCCCAACUCGCGGAAGACAAGGCAGUGAGCCUGUGAGUUACAGCGACCAGACGUAUAUCCCCCCGAACCAUGACCAUCGAUCAUCCAUGGCAUAUGGUGGCCCUGGUGCCCAGAUGAACAGGGGCCGCGGUGCCUCGCCCCAACCCCCGCCUCAACACAUGAGAGGAAGAGGUGUAUCGCCUCAGCCUUACGCUCACGACAUGAGAGGCCGAGGUGUUUCGCCUCAGCCCUACGCUCAUGAUGUGCGUAGAGGAGUUUCUCACAGUCCUCAUCCACAACAUAGGGCACGCGGUCUUUCGCCCCAACCUCCGCCGCAACACACGAGACGUGGAAUCUCUCCUAGCUCGCAAGCUCACCACACCAUCAAGCGCAAGUCUGUUAGCCCGGCACCGCCUCCAUCCGACCAACGCAGAUUGUCUGGCGUCCCAUUCGGUCCGGAUUCCUACGAUGCGCUCAACCCAACGGUGUCGACCACCAAUAGUGAUAUUUCCAGGCCCGAUCCGGAUGAGAAGAUCAUCACCCACGAUGGUCGCGAAAUCGACCCUUCAGAUCAUCUUCCAAUGGACACUUGGGCGCCGGAGCCUGAGCAAAAGGGCCCCAAGACGCCAGUUACAGCAUCCGUCCGGUCAAGAGCGUCUCCAGCUAGCGCCCAGCCUACGCCGACAAGCGGUCGUCGGCAGCUCCGUAUCGCUGGCAGGCCGCAGUCUCAAGUCUCGCCUGUUACUUACAGCUCAGAUCCGUAUGGGAGUACCUCGCCAGCGGCGGCUGCAGGUGGUCGCAACCGUCUGCAGAAAAGGACGCAACACGCUUCUGUUCUCCCCUCCACAUCACCAGCGGGUUCCAGCCCAUUGGCGCCAAUUUCCUCGCACAACUACCAGGACAACAUCAAUGACUUCACACCGCCGCGUCUGCCGCGUGCAAGCACCUGGGACUACCCCAGCGAGAAUCAUGCGCCGCAGUACGGCAGCUCCCCCGGUGGGAUGCACAAUGCACCCCCGAUCCCGGCCAAGAUCCCGUUGCCCAUUAUGAGCGGAGCGAUGCCGGCGUCUCACGGUGGCGGCAAUAACAGCGAGUGGGCUCUUAUGCAAGAGAUGAGUCGUAUUGACAUUGGCGCUGGACGUUCCAGGCGUCAUCGACAUUACUAG